UCUUUGCGACUUGUUGAAGUGGCCAACGAACCACAAAAAGGGAAGCCUUACGAUGGAUACCGAUACUGCUAAUGAUCCGGAAAAGACACUACUAGGGAAGUUGCACAGCAAACUGCCGAAUGUGUGUCGCGUGUGUCUGUCCGAGGACUCUUUAAAAAGCGACGAAGGAUCUCAGGAACUGUAUCCGAUCAAAGACAUUCUGGUGCAGCAAACCGAUCGUACCGACAACAAUAUGCACUCGUUCUGCGACAUUCUUUCCGUGUUCGUCAACGACGAGCUCGAGGACGCCCACGGAGACCUGGUGCCGAGGAGUGUGUGCCUUAAGUGUGCGGAUAUGGCACAGACAGCGUUUCAGUUUGUCCUGCACUGCCGACGAGCGGAUAAGCUGCUGGGCGAGCAUUUCAAUGGUUCGAAAAACAGUGACCCCGAUGACGACGGCACGAUUGAGAAAGACACGGGAUCGUGCGAAGAGAAGUUAGAGUUUGAUCUGCUGUUGUCGAAAUCUGAUACCUUGGAAUUGUUGGACACGGCCGAAGUGGAGGACGGGCCGCAAAUAGAAAUCAUCGUGCGGAGCGAAACUGAACAACGGAAGCGCUUACAGUGUGAUAAGUGCGAGAAAACCUACAGCCUGCCGCAGACUUUGCGUCGGCAUUACAAGACGCACGAUCAAAAGGCGAAAACGAAACAUUGCCCGUUCUGCGUGAAAGUGUUUGCCCGGGCAGAUGACUUGGCCCGCCACUUGCGCAUUCACACCGGCGAGCGUCCGUAUUCCUGUAAGCUGUGUCCAAAGGCCUACAAACAACUAUCGGGGCUAAAUGAACACAUUCGAACGCACGGAGCGAUACCGCACUUCCAGUGCUCUGUAUGCAACAAGGAACUGACCUCCCGCAAUGGACUGUAUGUGCACAUGCAGGCUCACCGUGGUGAAAAGCGGCACUCGUGUCCGUAUUGCAGCAAGCGCUUUCUUACAUCCAGCGAGCGUACCUCACACAUGCGUCACGUCCAUGGCAACCAAAUUGCUUAUGAGCCAAAUUUCAUCUGUCCGAAUGAAAACUGUAGCAAAACAUUUGUAACGAAAGGUGCCGCUGAAGCCCAUCGAAAAAAACAUUUGAAAUCUGAUUAAAUAAAGCGCUGUAUUGUCAGUGAACCCAUUCU